UUCUCGCUUGUUCCGAUUUCAAUUUCUAUGGGAUACAACGUUUGAUAUACAUAUAUCAUCUCUGUUAACAGAAGGUGGUAAGGAAGAAAUUUCGCCGCCAGAACCAGGGAAUUCUACGUCUGUAGAAAUAACAAAACUUCUUGAACCAUAUACAAAUUACUCGUUUUACGUACGAGUGUGGAAUAAUUAUGCUGCCAGCGAUCAAUCGGCUACCAUUGUGUGUUCCACCGCUCCAAGUGUUCCUAAAGGCACACCAAAAAUAAAUGUGGACAUAAUCAGUAGUACAAAACUAAAUAUAUCGUGGGAGCCCUUGAGUAGUAAGGAAUCUCGCGGCGUCAUAGUGGACUAUAAGCUAUUGUGGAAACCUCACCAGAGUUCCUCUAGAAGGGUGGAGUAUAUACCGGCAUCUACAGAAUAUCACAUACUUCCUGGCCUGAAACCUGGAGCACAAUACGAUAUUCGAGUAUUGGCAAGAACGAAACUGGGCGAUCCGAUUAUUAGCGAAUCACAGUUGGACUGGGUUACUGUAACCAUGCCAUCUUCUGAAUCCAAUCAAUUCACUAUAAGGAACGUUGUAGACAUUCAAAUAUUAAUUGUAAACGCUUCAUUAGCCAAG